AUGAAAAUUCGUCUUUCGAUUCAAGCCACCGACAGCGGACUGCCUCCUCGAUCAUCCACCCUCAACCUCCUCGUCUCGCUAGACCCGUCCCUGGCGCCCACAUCCACCCUAGCUUCCAUGGACGGUUCAGCCCCGCCGAGUGGCCAGAACGACUAUCCGGACUCCCUAACCAACAUCUACUUGAUCAUCGUCAUCACGUUCGGCGUGUCGAUUGCCUUCGCGAUCCUCGUGGUCGCCAUCUGCUUCAUGUCCAGGGGCCAGCACUGGCAGAACUGCUGUCGGGGAUCCGUUGGCACGAAAGAACACGAAACCAAGUCCGGUAACUCGAUCGGCUUCUACACGAAGGGCGACAGCCAGUUGCCCGACCACUCGAACACCAUGACGUUCUCCAACGGUGACGACUACCUGACCACUACCGGAACGACCUCUUAUGGGUUAGAAAAAGAAAUGCAAGUCUCCACCAUGACCCCACUGUCCAUGAAUGCCUUCUUUGACCAGCCGUUCAUGAAACCCAUCUGUAAUCCGUCCAUGGUGACUCCAGGUGAAGACUCGGUACACUCGGAGCACAGGACAACCAAUGACGCCGCCUCGGUGGCCACCUUCGACCGAUUUUCGAGUCUUGGAAGACUGACCAAUUCCGGCUACCCUCCGCUCUCCCCGUGCCUCGUCAACGGUGGAUAUCAUGAGGCCUACUUUGCGCACGCGAAUCGUUUUCCGGACACCCAGGCUACGGGAGGCGUCGUGUACUCGUGGUGCGAAACCCCCAACCAAACACCCCAAACCUUCAGUCCAGCGCACGCAAAUGCCUGGGCCUCCUGGUAG